CCGGCAGUUAACCAGAAGAUUGAUAGUUUGAGCCCACCCAGAGAUGACUAUGGGCAGGAUUCCUGAAUUGCAGGGGGUUGGCCUUGAUGACCCUCUGGGUCCCUUCCAACUUUGUGAUUCUAUGGAAUACCAGCUAUUAUAUACAGACAACAAUCUAUUGUACAAUUUGUUGAUUCUGUGAGCAGAUUUGACAGGACGAAGAGGUGACAUUUGGUGACCUUGACAUUUUACUGCCAUUCUCUCGUUCCUUAUAAGCAUAGAUUGUAGAAAGUUAUGUAAUGCAAGAGAACAAAAUAGAAAAAAGGCCACACAUUCAGUUUAUUUUGCUCAUUCUUGUGAAGAGCGGCUGAAAUAAUUGCAUAUAUUUGAUGCAGUGUAUCCUUUUUUCCCCCACAUCUGCUUCAUUUGUUAGGUGAUAGGCAGGCUGAAAUUAACAGUCAAGGUGAAAAAUAAAACAGCUUUGAACACAGAUGAAUUAAAAAAACAGCUAAAAAACUGGAUUCCAGGGAACAAAAACAUGCCUUCCGCAAAAGUAAAUCAAGCAGGAAUGGUACAUCUUUACGAAUAUUCUCUCCAAAUGUGAACAUAUGAUUUUACACUUGUCCCUCUCUUUUUUCUACGUGCAGCUAUUUACCAGUUUUAAUAAUGUAUGUCUGCAAGAAGCAGGUGCCUUGGUCAUAAGGCAAUAAAUAAAGGCAUGCUUGCGUACGUUGCAAAGGGUUUUAAGCUCUAUUAUCAGGCAAAGGUGAAUGAGAAAGGUUUGUAUAUUCUAUGCCAGGGGUGAGCAAACUUUCAGCAGGGGGCCAGUCCACUGUCCCUCAGACCUUGUGGGGGGCCGGACUAUAUUUUUUUGGGGGGAAUGAACGAAUUCCUAUGCCCCACAGAUAACCCAGAGAUGCAUUUUAAAUAAAAAGACACAUUCUACUCAUGUAAAAACACUCUGAUUCCCGGACCGUCCGCGGGCCACAUUUAGAAGGCGAUUGGGUUGGAUCCGGCCCCCCGGUCUUAGUUUGCCUACCCAUGUUCUAUGCUAAAAGCAAAAUCCCAAUUCUGCCCAAAGCUGCUCCUUGAGGUCUAGAGCAGUGAUGGGAAAUCUGUAGCCCUCUGGAAAUUGUAUGACUCCACCAUUCAUAAGCAAGAAAAAUGAACGGUUGCCGAAUAGAUCUGGCAAGAGGACAAACUUGAGAAAAGAUCUUGUUUUCAGCUCUGUGCUGAGGAAGAGCUCCAGAGUGGAAUUUUAAUGGCGAAGACUGGACAUAUACUCUGUGGGUUAUUUAUGGUCGCAGCCCAUACACUAGUUGGUGAACAGCGGAAGGCAUGGAAUGUGACCUUGUACCAUCCAGAUAAACACUGCAAAGAACUGAACAAUGGAAGAUAGUACUUAAUUCUCCCAGCACACCAGGUCUGAAACAACAAAUGUAUAUGAAGGACUACACACAUGUAAUGGAUUUUAUACUUAUAAGAUGUAACAGAGGUGCUGUUUGUAAGGAGGAAAAUGCGGUCAGCUGCAAGAAUAAUGUAAUGAAGAUUGGCGGAUGACAACUGAACACUAAAUAAGAAAUGAUGCAGCUAUGGGAGGAAACAAUCGGCAUAUGUUUGCAACAGGAGCAGGGAACCUGAUUUUUAGGAAAUUGUAUUCAAUUAAAGCAAUUUGGUUGGAUUUGUACUAAUUUGGAAAAUUAAUAAAAAUAAUUGGAAAAACACAAAGUAAAAGCUGAGGCUGCUAAAAUAGGGCCGCCGUAUGUCCGGGAUUUCAAAGGCAGAAUUGACGUCCAGAGAGCAAUUCCGAAAGCUGGUACCUUGUCUUGGUUCUUGGGCAAAAAGCUCAACAAUUUUAAUGGUUUCCUGGUUUUUACUUUUUGAAAUACGGCAACCUUAGCCGAACAGAUUCUGGAGUUGGGGUAUUGUUUAGGGGGUUAACUGUUUUUAAGACGUGAGGUUUGUUGUUGUUUUGCUGUUGUUUUUUAUUGAGGGAGGGGAGAUGUGUCUGGGAGCAGAGGAACUGGGGAGAGCAGGAGGGGCCAAUCACAGUGGUUCAGGGUUGGAGGAGGUAUGGGGAAGUGGGGCAGGCUGGGUAAAGGCCUGUCUCGUGGGCCAGCCCCUCCUCCUACCUGGGGAAUUGAGGUUGCCCUUGUGGGAUGUAAGAAUCAGGUGCAGUCAAACAAGAUUGCUAGAGUAGACAUGAAGGUUGUCUCAGUCCUCCAGCCGAAACUUCCUAUGUGUAACUUGAGAUGGGCUUGGCCUCUCCUGAAGUAAUGAUCCAGAACCACAGGCUGGCAACCAUCUUGUCUCUAUUGAUGCCAUCUUAACAACAGCACUACUAAGAUGCACCCUUGGCUCCAGGCCAAGAGAAGAAAAGGGGGGCUUUCUCCCAUAAGGAGAUGAAGGUAAAGGGACCCCUGACCAUUAGGUCCAGUCAUGACCGACUCUGGGGUUGCGGCACUCAUCUCGGUUUAUUGGUCGAGGGAGCCGGCGUACAGCUUCCGGGUCAUGUGGGCAGCAUGACUAAGCCGCUUCUGGCGAACCAGAGCAGCGCACAGAAACGCCGUUUACCUUCCCGCCAGAGCGGUACCUAUUUAUCUACUUGCACUUUGACAUGCUUUCGAACUGCUAGGUUGGCAGGAGCAGGGACCGAAGAACGGGAGCUCACCCCAUCGCGGGGAUUCGAACUGCCGACCUUCUGAUCGGCAAGUCCUAGGCUCUGUGGUUUAACCCACAGCGCCACCCCCUUCCCAUAAGGAGAUAGUCAAUAGUCACCACAUUUAAACUAUGUUCUAACCUUUUAAGUCUGCCUUCUGGGAACCUUUGUGAGAACAGAUGAUUACUUGUGACUAAAUGUUUUAUACUUUAUGGAAGACUGUGUAGUGUCUUAUUUUAGGAGGGAUUAAACGGGGAAAAUACCAGGAAAUAUUUACAAAGACUCUAAUGAGUCUGAGCAAGCUAUCUGCUGUGUGUGUGUGUUUAAAAAAAGGGAAUGUUAACUCUGCUGAUUUUGUUGAACUUGUAAAGACAAGUUGGGAUAGGAUAUCUUAGACAAUAUAUCCUCCCCCGCAUCCCUAAAAUUUCCCACAGCCCUAUCAGCCAGCCCUCGGGUCUGUGGCUGCUGUUGCUAAAUGCUAGGUCGACUGAGUAAGACCUCCAUCAUCCAUGAUCUGACUGUGGAUGAGGAGGUCAAUCUGGUCUGUAUCACUGAGUGGGUGAGCAGGGUGGAGUUGGUCUGACCCAGUUGUGCCCACUUGGGUACUCGGCGCAGCAUCAGGCCAGACUUGGAGGUCAGGGAGGGAGUGUUGCUGUGGUCUAAAGAGAUUCCCCUCUCUUCUCUCCUCAGGCUCUCUGUCCAGGUGUGUGCGACAGGAAUCCACAGCGUCUGUUCCUAGCACUGGACAAAUGGGAGAUUCUGCUGGUUUACAUCCUGCCUCGCUGCCCAGCGGUCUCCCUGCCUGAGCUGACAGAGCUGGUCUCAGCGGCGGUGUUGAGGACUCCCAGACUGCUGGUUCUGGGUGACUUCAACAUCCAUGCCAAGGCGACUGGCUCUGGGGUGGCUCAGGACUUUAGGGCUGCCAUGACAACCAUGGGGCUGUCCCAAUAUGUCAUUGGCCUAACGCAUGUGGCAGGCCACACUCUGGACCUUGUUUUCUCAACUGGGCAGGAAGAAGGUGAUUUCAACAUGGGGGAUACUGACAUCAGGCCCUUGUCAUGGUCAGAUCACUUCCUGUUGAAACAUUUCCCAUCAUCCUUAACCAUUGUCCAUGCUGGCUCGGGCUGAUGGGAGUUCCAUAACAACUGGGAGAACCACAAAGCUUCCCAACCUCUGCAAUACAGAAUACAACUAUGUUCUACAUUUCACUUGACCAUAAUGCAGAUCACUUAUUUCAAACAUCAUGAUUCCAGUUCCUCCCCCCGCCCCCCCCCCCGAGAUGGUAUUAUGUCUCAAGGCAAAAGAAGAAGAAGAAAAGCAUUAAGGGCAUCUCUACAGCUCCUACUUAAACAGUUUGUCAUUCCCACUCUUCAGAGAACCAUGGCGGACUGUCAGCGAGUGAACAGAGUUAUAUAGCAUAUUUGAAAAGAGAAUUCUGAAUACAGGUACUUGAACGCAGCACAAUUGAACUAACCCUGGGAACAUUGGGGGGGGGAUCAAAGGCUGAUGUAUUCCGGAGUCAUUACUUCUUGCAGUAAAAGCUUUGUCUGAUCCUGGCAUUCCCAAUCAAAACAAAGUAAAUUCGAACAGAACAGCAGCAUCAUCAUUGAAUAAUCAUAAUACAAAGCCCUACCUUGUAACAUCAUGUAUAUUCUUAGAAUUUAAUUUCCACAUCCCAUGGAGAAUGAUGCUGAUACUGUUAUAAAAUCUCAACAAAAAUCGAAGGCAGCAAAUGAAAUUUGCUGUGCUUUUCUGGCGUCUCCCGUAGCUUUGGGGAGCAGUGCAACAUCAGAAGCUGUUUUGCCGAGCUGUGUAAAAUCCUGAAAUGUAUUCAGCAUGUCCAGCCUUCACACAUCCCUUUCUCUCUAUUGGCUGAUCAGUAAAUCAGAGGAGGGGCAUGUCUCUUACUACCUUUCCCCCCCAAUACAGUAUAAGAAGCAGUAGCAGCCGGCAGGCAGGCAUUGCACAGAAGGCUGAGUAGUAGUUAUGGUUUUCAAUGAUGUAUCUCUCUCUCUCAGUAGCAGGGACUAGCGCACUCUAGCCUUGUGCUUUUAUAGAGAACAACAGAAAAGUAAUUCUUGACGCUCCCGGCUUCCUUGAGAGGGAGGCAGCAUUCAGCUACAUCGUUCCCAGCGGGUACAACAGGCGAUUGCAGAGUUGGAUAAGCCAGCAAUAAUUGCAAAACACUGCAGCUUUACCUUGUCUAUCAGAGUCUGGUUUCCUGCUGCUGUACACCAUCCCACUCUUUGGAAACGGCAUUCGACCAGUUCUGCAGCUCCCCAGCCAGUGAAAAACCCCAAAGAACUAUUCAAAGAGGAGAAACCACUGACAGGUGAAUUUCAUUUUCAAGCAGCAAACUGGCAAGCCACCACCUGAUUUGGGACCGGCGCUUUGUGAGAUGAACUUCACACAGCACUAUGGAGUUCACGAACCUCUCGGCUUGUGGAAUCGCAGUUACGGACUACGUGGCGGAGGAGGCACGAAUCGAUCCCUGGGGAAGGCUUACUCUUCGGAAGGCUGCUACGAGCAACUUUUCGUCUCGCCCGAAGUGUUCGUCAUGCUUGGCUUUGUCAGCUUGCUGGAGAACGUGCUGGUGAUUGUGGCCAUCGCCAAGAACAAGAACUUGCAUUCGCCAAUGUAUUUCUUCAUCUGCAGCUUGGCGGUGGCCGACAUGCUGGUGAGCGUCUCCAACGGGUCGGAGACCAUCGUCAUCACCCUGCUGAACAACACCGACGCGGACGCGCAAGGCUUCACCGUCAGCAUCGACAACAUCAUUGACUCGGUCAUCUGCAGCUCUUUGCUGGCCUCCAUCUGCAGCCUGCUCUCCAUUGCUGUGGACAGGUAUUUCACCAUCUUCUACGCUCUCCAGUAUCACAACAUCAUGACUGUGAAGCGUGUGUUCAUCAUCAUCACCUGCAUCUGGGCUGCUUGCACCAUCUCGGGCAUUCUGUUCAUCAUUUACUCCGACAGCAGCGCCGUCAUCAUUUGCCUCAUCACCAUGUUCUUCACCAUGCUGGUCCUCAUGGCUUCUCUCUACGUCCACAUGUUCCUGCUGGCCCGGCUGCACAUUAAGAAGAUUGCCAUUCUCCCCGGCAGUGGCCCGAUACGCCAGGGCGCCAAUAUGAAGGGGGCCAUCACCCUGACCAUCUUGAUUGGCGUGUUUGUUGUGUGCUGGGCUCCGCUCUUCCUUCACUUGCUCUUCUACAUCUCCUGCCCUCACAACCCUUACUGCAUCUGUUUCAUGUCCCACUUUAACCUGUACCUCAUCCUUAUCAUGUGCAACUCCAUUAUCGACCCUCUUAUCUACGCAUUCCGGAGUCAAGAGCUGAGGAAAACCUUCAAGGAGAUCAUGUGCUGCUGCAGCUUGCGAGAGCUCUGCGAUUUCUCUGGCAAAUACUGA